AUGCAGGUGCACUUUGAUGGGCCCUCGGUUGACUACAUAACAAGACCUCACUUUCCAAUCUCUUCAACGGACGAACAACAACACACAACCACAGAACUGAAAGCAACAAUGUCAAUCCUCCAAGACACACUCGGCAAAGUCACCGGCGGCAUGCUGGGUAACAAGCUCCCAACUCGCAAGCUGGGCAAGAACGGACCUGCCGUUACGGCGGUUGGCUAUGGUACUAUGGGGCUAAGCGCCUUCUACGGCAAACCCAAGCCCGACUCGGAACGCUUCGCAGUCCUCGACAAAGCCUUCGAGCUGGGUGAGCUGUUCUGGGAUUCGGCGGAUAUGUACCUGGACAGUGAGGAUCUGCUGGGCAACUGGUUCAAGGCCAACCCCGGCAAGAGGGAGAAGAUCUUCCUAGCGACGAAGUUUGCCAACUGCAGUGAUGCGGAGGGGAAUAGGUGGGUUGACAGUACGCCUGAGUACUGCCGUAAGGCGUGUGAGAAGAGUUUGAGCAGGUUGGGGGUGGAGAGUAUUGAUCUCUACUACGCCCACCGCCUCGACGGCAAGACCCCAGUCGAGAAGACCGUCGAAGAGAUGAAGAAGCUCAAGCAAGAAGGCAAGAUCAAAUACCUCGGCCUCUCCGAAUGCAGCUCCGACUCGCUCCGCCGCGCCUGCAAAAUCGAGCACAUCGACGCCGUCCAGAUCGAAUACUCUCCCUUCUCCCUCGACAUCGAGAACCCCCAAAUCGGCCUCCUCAAAACCUGCCGCGAGCUCGGCGUAGCCGUCGUUGCCUACUCCCCCAUCGGCCGCGGCAUGCUCGGUGGCACGAUCCGCUCGCCCAAGGACUUCGAGGAAGGCGAUUUCCGGACGUUCGCACCGCGGUUCAGUGAGGAGAAUUUCUCCAAGAAUCUGGAGUUGGUGGAUCGUAUCGAUAAGAUUGCCAAGAAGAAGAAUACGACUCCGUCUGCUCUGACUUUGGCGUGGCUGCUGGCGCAGGGUGAUGAUAUUUUCCCGAUUCCUGGAACGACUAAUAUUGGUCGCUUGGAGGAGAAUCUCAGUGCGAUGUCGAUUACGUUGACGAAGGAGGAGGAGCAGGAGAUAAGGGCUGCUUGUGAGAAGGCUGAUGUUAAGGGGAGUCGGUACCCGGAGGCGAUGGCGAUGGCUCUGUUUGCGGAUACGCCUCCGUUGUAA